AUGGCGCUACCAAAAAAAAAUGUUCGCCGAACACGACUCUUACACCCUUCCCGCAGCACUUCGGAUGGAGCGGCAGCUUUUCGUGCUUACUCAAUUCCUUUCCGUUAAUGCAGGGCUUUGCCCUUACCUAAAAUGGCUCCACUGGUCUCCGGCGCUACACGGCUUACACGGAGAGGGCGUGGCAUCCCGGGAAUCCCUGCUUUCGCCCACAAGCAAAAUGGCGCCCUCUGCUGUCUAGCUAGCGCCAUUUUGCUUGAGGGCAGAGGCUUGAGCUUUUUCGAGUUCUCCCUCCCCACCCCCACACCCGCAGCAGUCGAAGGUUCCCUGGCAGGCAGGGCUGUGAACCCCGUGCAAGCAGUCGACGCCAUUUUCCAGAGAGAGGCAGUGACAUAGAGCCAGCGUAGGCUGAGACACGGGAGGAGUGGGGUUUGUACACAUUGGGGCUGCAGUCAGCACAGGCACUGCAAAUACCCGCUAUUUGUCUCUCGAGCGCCUGCCGUUCCUGGAGGGCUUCAGUCAGGUCAGUACGGCUGGACGUUCCCUGUGCAGAUAACGGUCCCGACACUUCUCCUGUCACCUCACAGACUACCGCUAGCAGGGGGUGAGCACUGAGCCCCCCUCUUCUUCCCCCCUCCAUAGUGCCAGGCUCAGCACCGGACAGGAGGGUGUGUGUGACUCGGAGGACUUGCUUGUGGUUCCUGGCUGGUGCACAUUGUAGGUUUGUGGAUGCACUUAGAUGUUUGCAAUGAGCACUGUGGCUGGCAUGCCCCAGUGUUUUGGAUCCCGAUGCAGAGGACUCCAUAGUUAUCGAAUUUAUCAGAAGCGAACGUCAUGAGCAUAGUGGUCCCUUUGCGGGUUAAGACAGCAGAGACUCUAUAUUUAGAAAUGGCUGCUGGUUCAGAACCUGAAUCUGUAGAAGCAAGCCCUGUUGUAGUUGAAAAGUCAAAUAGUUAUCCACAUCAUUUAUAUACCAGCAGUUCUCACCAUUCACACAGUUAUAUUGGCUUGCCUUAUGCGGACCACAACUAUGGUGCUCGUCCUCCACCAACGCCUCCUGCAUCUCCACCUCCUGUUCUUGUUAAGAAUGAAGUGAACAUAUUUACUACUCCUCACUUUGAUGAGACUUCCAGUGCUACAACCAUCAGCACAUCAGAAGAUGGAAGUUAUGGGUCAGAUGUCACCCGAUGUAUUUGUGGUUUCACCCAUGAUGACGGUUAUAUGAUUUGUUGUGACAAAUGCAGUGUAUGGCAACAUAUAGAUUGCAUGGGCAUUGAUAGACAAAAUAUACCAGAUAUCUAUUUGUGUGAGCGCUGUCAGCCUCGUGCUCUGGACAGGGAGAGAGCUGUAUUACUUCAACAAAGAAAGCGAGAACAUUUGUCAGAUGAUCUUCAAACCUGCUACAAUGGUAGAGGCAACAGCGGAAACCUUUUAUCUGAUGGUGACACAAGUGCAACUGAGAGUUGUGAUGAAGUUCCUAUGGAGCUGUACACAGCUUUCCAGCACACUCCAACAACACUUACACUCACUGCUACAAGGGUAACCAAGACAAAUGACAAGAAACGGAAAAAAAGUGGAGAAAAGGAGCAGACUGCUGCAAAAUCUAAAAAGGCCUUCAGAGAAGGAUCAAGAAAAUCUUCCCGAGUUAAGGGUUCUGCUCCUGAAAUUGACCCUGGUGAUAGUUGCAUAUAUGGAUGGGAGAGUAAAAUCAAGGCUUGGAUGGACCACUAUGAAGAAGCAAGCAUCAACCAGUACAGUGAAAGUGUUCAGAGAGAGGCACAAAGAAUAGCUUUAAGACUUAGUUGUGAAAAUGACAAAGAACAAAUCGUCAAGAUAAACUACAGCACCAGCAAUCAUAUUUUUAAACCACCUGUCGAGCAGAGCUAUUUGCAGAAGAACAAGAAAAUAUUAAAGGCGGCCAAAGACCUGCUUCCUGAAACUUUAAUUAUUGAAUACAGAGGAAAGUUUAUGCUGCGGGAUCAGUUUGAGGCGAAUGGAUAUUUUUUUAAAAGGCCAUAUCCAUUUGUUUUAUUCUAUUCGAAAUUUCAUGGGCUAGAAAUGUGUGUUGAUGCAAGAACUUUUGGCAAUGAAGCAAGAUUCAUCAGACGGUCUUGUACUCCCAAUGCUGAGGUACGACAUAUUAUUGAAGAUGGAACCAUUCAUCUUUAUAUUUAUUCAAUUGCAAACAUUCCAAAGGGUGCAGAAGUCACAAUUGCAUUUGAUUUUGACUAUGCUAAUUGCAAAUAUAAGGUGGAUUGUGCAUGCCUCAAAGAUGAUCUUGAUUGCCCGGUUCUCCGAUGUAGUACUGAACCAACAGAAAACUUCAACAGUGGUUAUGAUACUAGAAGAAAAAAAGGAAGAAAAGAAAAGGAGAUUUCCAAAGAGAUAGAGUCUCAAAAUCAGAAUGUUCUAGUGGACACCGAUGAUGCUGUAGCCAAACUGAAAUCGCCAGAUAAACAGAGGAAGAUGUCCCCUCUUCGACUGUCACUAUCUAAUAAUCAGGAGCCAGAUAUUAUUGAUGAUAUAGAAGAAAAAACUCCUAUUAGCAAUGAAGUAGAAAUGGAAUCUGAGGAACAGAUUGCAGAAAGGAAAAGGAAGAUGACAAGAGAGGAAAGAAAAAUGGAAGCGAUUCUUCAAGCUUUUGCAAGACUAGAAAAGCGGGAAAAAAGGAGAGAACAAGCCUUAGAGAGAAUUGGUACAUCUAAAACUGACGUCAAACCUGACAUGAAGGACCUCCAGAUUGUCAGUGAAUGUGAGCUCCCUGAGGAACCUGUGAAAGAAGAACCUGUCAGCAAGCCUACUCCUGCAAAAAUAAACAGGACAAAACAAAGGAAAAGUUUUACUAGAAGCAGAACUCACAUUGGGCAGCAGCGCCGGCGGCACAGAACUAUAAGCACCUGCUCAGAUGUCCAGCCUUCCUCCCCAGAUGUGGAGGCCAUGCCACAGCAAGUGGAAACUGAGACUAAUACACUUGUGGAAGAGCCCGUUAGUGAGAACUCUUCUACCACAGCAGUGGUUGCAACUGCAGAUAAUGAUGAAGUUGCAGAUAUUGAUUCAGUUGCACAAAACAAAUGCCCGCCUAAAUACCCCAAAACAAAAAAGUCUUCAGUAUGCACUUGUGUGACACUUCAAAAAUGGAAGGACACUCUUGUUACACACUUGGUUAAUGAAUGGUUAAGUGAAAAGCAUGAAAAGUCUGGCAAACAUGGGGAGACAUUUUUGGAAAGACCUUUGCGGAUAACCACAGACCCUGAAGUUCUGGCAACACAGCUAAAUUCUUUACCAGGUCUUGUCUACAGUCCACAUGUGUAUACCACUCCAAAGCACUAUAUUCGAUUCACCUCUCCGUUCCUGUCUGAGAAAAAGAAGAGACAAAAAGAUGAGGAGAUUGUUUUGGGUUACUGCAAAAAGCGAUGGCUGAAACAAGCUUUGGAGGAGGAACUUUCUGCACCUCUGAAUCCAUUUGAUUCUCCUGCUCAAGAUCGAUCCCAAAGCCCCAGUACAUUUGCAGAAAAUAAGUGCCACUUAGUCAUGAAUGGCAGUUGCCCACUGACUUCAGACCUAACAACCCCUUUGAAAAAAAGGAGAAUGUAUCAAUUGUUGGACUGUGUGUACUCAGAAAAUUCUACACCUACUGCAUCUCCUUAUGCAACACCAACACGUAUAGAUAUGCCUUCUGCGGAUGCAUCACUAUUCAGUACUCCUCCCAGGAUAAAGGUAGAGGAUGAAAGUUGUCGUAACAGUUACAAGCAGACUUAUUCGCCGGUUAAUUCUGUAACUGCCUGUGUCCGUGGAAAUCACUUGCAUUUUGAGAGCAUUUCUUCACCAGAAAGUUCUCCUGAGCUAAACAGAAGAUCCAAUAGCCUGGAGGCUAAUGAACGGGCAGCACCAGCUCUGGCUAUGAACUCUUUCAGAAAUUCUAACUUAACUGAAAUGGGAUUGCAGGAAAUAAAGACUAUAGGUUACUCUAGCCCACGGAGUAGGACAGAAAGUGAGUCUGUACCAGAUCAUCAUUUAGGACUUGAACUGAAUGAACAGGCUACACUGCAAAAAAACAUGGAGUCUCUGUCACGGGAUAGGACUGAUUCAACCAGCCAGCAGGAAACUGCUCACUGUGGACGGGGCACUGUGUUUUCUUCGUGGAUGAAAAGCCCUGAAAGGACAGGGGUCAACUUUUCUGCAGUUAAUUCAAAUUUAAGAGACUUGACUCCAUCACACCAGCUGGAGGUUGGUGGCGGAUUCCGAAUGAAUGACUCAAAGUGCCUAAUUCAAGAGGAUGCCCGAACUAUAUUUAUGGAAGGUUCCAUGUUUUGCCCCUCAGACGAAGGACUUAUGUCUGGAUUUGGAAGAGCACUUAGUAGUGAUGGUGUUCUAGAUGGAAAUGGAACACCUUUAAAUCCUCCACAAAAGAAAAAGGUAUCCUUGUUGGAGUACCGAAAAAGACAACGUGAAGCAAGAAAGAGUGGCUCAAAACCGGAAACGUUGUCCUUGGUCACACUUUCACCACAUCCUGAGAGCGGAAAUUUUGUCGGGAACUGUGUUGGUGAAAAUUGCAGUGUGGAGAGUGUGGAGCCAACUGAGAGUGUAGCUAAUGUAGCUAAUGUGACUGCUCCACUGCCAACUGAAGCCCCGAAUAUCCCCACAGAGGAUACAGACCAAAAUUCUCCAGCAACGGAUGCCGCCUCUAGUGAGAAAAGUGAUCCUGAGGUGCAGUGGACUUCUUCAACCUCUGUGGAACAGGUUAGAGAAAGAAGCUAUCACAGGGCCUUGUUAUUGAGUGACCACAGAAAGGAUAAAGAUGGCGAUGUUGACCUGGAGAAUGAUGAGAGCAUACAAGAAAUCCAGUCUCCUGAUGCAUCACAGAAUUGCAGCAGUCCUAGACAGAACACGCCUUGUUCUGCAGGCCCUAAGGAUUCCAUAAAGACUGAUCCUUCCCAGGAAACCGCUGUAAAUACAAAUUCGGCAGAAACGUCAAGCCCUUUCAAAUCAGAGAUGCAAGCGAAACAGCCGUCACUUUCAAAAUCUCAUGUUGCUCAACCUCAUUCACAGAAGCUGCCUUCUACACCUUUAAAGCUGCAUUGUCCUUCCUCCCCUCAUCUGGAACAGUCACCAAAGGCUUCACCACACACCCCUAUACAACAUGGUUACCUUUCACCAAAGCCUCAUUCUCAACAGUUAGGAUCCCCGUUCAGGCCCCAUCACCCUCCAUCACAUCAGACGGGGACACCACAAAGAGAAAACCAUGUUAACUUCUAUCCUGUUUCCCAAAACCUUCAACCCUCGACUCCCCAACCAGCAAGUGGACAAUUGUUCUCCCAGGCCCAGACGGGACAGUGUACAACAGUCUAUACUUCUUUUAAUCAACAGACUGUAAACAAUUCUGCCCCACCUCCGCCACCUCCUCCUCCAACAACAACAAACUUUUAUCAAAACCAGCAGCCCUCUGGGUCUUUUCAGAACUACAGUCAAAUCAAAGGAAGUAUUCCCCAGCAAACUGUGUUUACAUCUUGUCCAAACCAGGGCCAUCCAACCACCUCUGGGCAACCAGCAAUUCAAGGACAUCAUGUCAAUUCGGGACAUUAUUUGCCUUCACAAAACUCUGCUGUCCAUCUUCAGAGCACAGCAUCAAGUGUCCCUCCCCCUCCACCACCUCCUCCACCGGGAUGCCCCCAGGCACACGUGCCAGGUGCAGUUAAUGCUGUUCCAGGUGCUAGUGGCACUAUUAUUCAUUCUCAGACAACAGGACAUCAUUUGCCACCACCUCCCCCUCCUCCACCAGGCCCUAGUCCUCACCAUUCGCACAUGCAACAUGUAUCAGCAGGACAUCAAGGACUGCCAGUGCAACACCAGCAUGUUUUAAGUGCAGCUCCUCCUCCCCCUCCCCCUCCUCCACCACCGCCACCUCAAUCCACUAAUGUUUUAGGCGGGUCUGGACACCAUUCGGCAUCAGCACAAGGAUUGCACUUACAGACUCACCAAGGACCUCCAAUUUUUCCUUCAGGAGCUCAUGCCGGUGUAGCCUCAUACUCAGCCCAAGCUCCUGUUCACAAUACAGUGGGACCUGUGCCACAACACCAGUCCCCUGCAGCAGGACCUCACCACCCAAUUCCUAGUCAGGGGACUCAUAUUCAGCCACAAGGACCAAACAGUAUUGCAUCGGCUGCAGGGUUUUGUCCCCAUCCUGGGUCUGUAAAUCUCCCCCAUGGGGUGCAAGGACCACAGCAGGCCUCUACAGUGCCUGGACAGAUACCUAUUCAUAGACCACAGGUGCCACCAACUUUCCAAAAUAACUACCAUGGCUCAGGCUGGCAUUAGAUUUGGCUUCACUUAAAUAAACAUUUUUGAAAUGUGUAAAAUUGUACAUUUUAUAUGUACCUUACAAAGGUACUUUUUAAAGCCUGUAUAUGGAAAUUUGUAAAAAUGCAGUUACCAGUGCGCUUUCAUUUUAUUUUUAUAUCUGUUAUCUGUGCUUUUAAGCCAGUUUCAAGUCUUUAGAUUAUAAGUAUACAUUCCAGUUCUGUUUGAUUGCAGUGUAGUUUAUGCUGCACAACAUCACCUGUCGAAAUUCAAUUCAUUUAGUGAACGUUUUGUAUUGUAUGUUUUUAUACAUGUGAUUUAAAUACACAGGUAAAAGCACUAACACUUUUUUUUUUUCCUGUGCCGUGUGUGAGUAUCGCUAACACGCCAGUUUCAAUGUUACAUUGCUACCUUGCUUAUUUACACAAUUGUAAUUUAAUGUAUAGUUGUUUGAACAAUUUGACUUCAUUAGAAGUUUUGUAAAUACUGUAUUUGCUUGUAUAUUGCUUUCAGCUUCCACCUCAUUUGAUAAAACAUUGUACAUAGUUUUUUUUUAUUGUAUGAUCCUUGUGGAAGUAGUACAGUAUAUGACAUUUAAUUUUUUUUUUUGUAAUAUACUGUCACAUUGCAGCACUCGUUGGGCAUUUUAAUUCAUGUUAAUAAACCACAAUUAUGUCUGUUUUAUCAGGUUAGUCCUUUCAUACAUUUUAAAAAAUGUUGAGGCAUAAUUACAGCACUUAAACUGUACAUUAAAAUGCAUUGUCAGUACUUUUUCCUGACUAUUCCAAAA